AUGCUCCACCCACACCUUGUUGCCUCAAUAAAUGAGGCUAAGGGUAUUCUGAGCAAUCCAGGCAAUGCUACUGAGGAAGAGCUCACCCAACUCCGUCAGGCCUGCACUUCUCUUUCAACCGUUUUGGAGACCCCUACCGAUAGGAUCAUAAAUGGGACUUUCCAGGUGGUAGACCUGAUGAUUGUCCGUAUGGGGAUUCAGUUGGGAGUUUUUGAUGUUGAUAGACCGGCCUUUGGACCUUCCGAUGUGGCUGCAAAGAGCGGAUGUGAUCCUGCAUUGGCCUCACGUGUUAUGAGAGGUCUCGUGACGCUAGGCCUUAUGGAUGUCACCAAAGGGGGGUUGUUCAAGCAAAAUGAAAGCGCCAAGGCACUCAAGAGCGGUGCGAUGGUCAGUGAUGCUGUUCUCAUGACUGUUGAUAUCACUACCAAAUGGAUUGCGAAUACAAUCUCCUUCUUCGAGGCCAGUGGAUAUCGUGAACCCCAUGAUGGUUAUCGUGGCAUUUUUCAACUCGCUGCAGGAACAUCACUUCACUUUUUCGACUGGCUGCCAUCUCAGCCACACUUACAAGAUGCGUUCAACCGAUUUAUGGAGGCUACUGCUAGUGAGAGCAACCCUGCCCAGUGGGCUCAGUGGUUACCGAUUGAGCCAAAGCUCCAAGAGCUUUAUGAAAAUUCGCAGGAGAGCCAAAAGCCACUAACUUUUGUGGAUGUUGGUGGCGGGCAUGGCCAUGAGGCUAAGGCGGUUAUGAAGCGAUUUCCUCAUCUCCCAUGUCGAUUUGUUGUACAGGAUGGUCCCAAGUACGUCAACAGCCACGAUACGGAUGGAGAGGCCGGAGCCAAAGGCAGCUUGGAGCGUAUGGAGUAUAGCUUUUUCAACGAACAACCUGUCAAGAAUGCUCAUGUCUACUUCUUGGGUCGAGUGCUCCACAACUGGGCUGAUCAGCAAGCACGGCAAAUCCUACAAAAUAUUCGAGCGGCUAUGGAUCGGGAUUCUGUUCUCUUCAUUCAUGAGAGAGUUCUUUCGGAUGACCCUGCAGAAAUCUCGGCUGAGCACGUUCGGAACGACUGGGCCAUGAUGAGUUUGUUCUCUGCCCCAGAAAGAUCCAAAUCAGAGUGGGGAGCCCUUUUAUAUUCUGCUCACUUGCAGCUGGUCAAGGUUUGGGUGCCGACAGAUAAACAAGACAGCAGUCGCACAUCACUCUUGGAGGCCGUCGCCAAAUAUUAA